AUGUCUUCAUUCUACCAGCUUAUUGUUGUAUUCACAAUUCUUGCACUCUGCAAAUCCUACGUGGUAGUCGUUGAUCCAAUUGAAAGAAUAGACGAGGAGGCGGCGGCAUCUGAUCCACAGAAUCCUGCUGUCGCACCCUCCGAUCCUAUUCUCCUUCGGAAGAGAAAGUCGAUUCUAGUGGGACUCAGCGAGCACACCGAGGAGGUCUGUCCAACCAAAAUUCGACAAAAUCAUCGGCCACAAUAUGGACAUAUCGCCAACGGAAGUCGAGUCGAGAUCCAGCAAGACGAGGAGAGCUUCCUGGAGGCCACUUUUGUAGAGUGCCUCGGAGAGAAUAGACCCCCAUGCCAUGGUGUUGAUCACGAUUUGUUCAUCUCGGAAUGCGUCACAGUCUAUGAGCACAGGCCAGCCAAUGUUCGAGUCGUCAAGUCAGGCGGACCAUUCUUCGCAGCUUCUAUUCGGGUCCCAAUCCUCUGCGAAUGCCGUCUCCGUCGUCAAUUCAAGGCAUUUGACAAAAAGAAGUAA